UUAAUAAUACUAGUGUUUGUAGGUAAACUGUUUAAACAUAUUACAGUUACCGAUCAUUAAGAUGUGAUUUUUGCAUAUUUUUUUAAAUAAACGAUAUUAACUGCUCCAUUUUACUGUUUUUGUUGGAUUAUAACUAUUUAUUUUUGUCAACAAAAUGAUAACAACGCUGAUAACGUUUUUUUUAAUGAGACCUCCUAAAGGCAACAAGUGUAAACAAAGCAGUUAACUGAUAUCGUUGACUUACAUGUUCAUGUGUUGGAAUGCAAGCAUAUUAUAAGCUGAUAGUUUAAAUUCGGAAACAUGUGUUUUAUACGAGUGAUGUGAAAUAUAUAAGUACCCGCUGUUUGUAUAAUUUUUUGCGGAUUAAAUACCUUUUCAGACAGGAACUAAAAUGGCCACAGCUGAUUUCCCAAAUGAAGAAAUAAAAAUCGUAAUAAAUGAGGAUCUUAUAACAUGUCAAAUUUGCAUGGAACGUUUUGAAAGCCCUAGAAUGUUGCCAUGUCAACAUACCUUUUGCAAAACAUGCAUUGAAGCAGUAAUCAAGAAACGCUGCUUCGGGGAACACGAAUGUAAUGUAUUUGACUGUCCAGUUUGUCGGUUACAAUGCAAGACUGGAAACGGACGAACAGAUAUGAAUGUUAUCAUGAACGAUUUUCCUGCAAAUAGACUUAUGAAUGAAUUGCUUGAAGGGAUUGAAACAUAUGCGAAUUAUGCAAACACAGAGGCAUUUAAUAGCAACAUUGACGAGGAAUGUCCCCAAAACGCUUCGAAGAAAGUCCAGUUAUACUUGUGGAGUUGUCAUUGUUUUCUGGAGGUCUUUAGGCAGUAUAUGCAUGCAUGUUUUCGGCUACGAUGGAUAAAAGGCCAACAUCUAGCAUUACACGACGCGUUCAUUAACCGAAAACUUGCAUCUAUGUUCAGUGAUAUUGUGCUAACACUAUUCUACAAGGACAAUGAUGAUUGUAUUUUACACCAGGGUAUUAUUGCUACUGCUCUUGAAGUGUCUGUCCCAAGAAAUCUGAAUCUCGACGACAGAAUUCAGGCAAUAGAAACUAUUCAGACAAAUACUGAAUUGAUGGCAUAUUAUUUUGAUAAGGAUCUUAUCGAUAAAUCGUUUGUGAAAGAAAUUGCAAAAUCAGACUGGGUUAAAAUGAUUCAUUACAAAGAUCAGUGUCAACAGACAAAUGCAGGAAAGCUUGACUUGAUGUUCAUCGCAUUUCGUUCACUUGGAUUUAGCAACGUGUUUUCAAUAUCUACUCUGGCUAUGUUUAUGAUCUCGAAAGUAAAAUGUUUGCCUAGACUUUGUGUGUUAACAACACGAUUUACACAGUUUCAAAUAAAACUUCUUGCGACUUUAAGAGUGUUUGGAAUCAUCUUUUUAACUCACAUAUGUGGCUGUUUAGGAUGGCGGAUGAUUUCUUACAUAGUUGUUAUAAUGUUUACAGUUUACCUGGUGAUGUGGAUUCGUCCUCGUAAUUCACGGCAGUGUAUUCACUUUCAAGUGCUUGAAAUUUCAUCAGGCGAGAUAAAAAUAAUCCCACCUAUAAGUUUAGAUGAAUUUUCUCUAGUUGGUAAAAUUACACAUUCAAUAAUUUAUGUUGAAAACUUGUGUCGCUGCGUAUUCAUUUGUAUUGCACUAUUUAAACUUAUUUCUUCCUUCGCAUAUUUACCGAUUGUUUGGAUAGUAGUUUACGACAUUGUAUUAGAAAUCACACAAGCGGUUAUAUAGGUAUACCUGAAAUAUUAUGAUCUUGACGUAAGCUGUAUUAUGUGUAUUUGUGUACUCUCGCAUAACAUCCGACGAUUGUAAUAGGGUUAUCAGUACUGAGUUUGGAUCCAGGAGGUUGUAUUCGAUUCAAGUAGAUUUUGUACAUUCGGAUUUCACAAGAUGCUAGCCGGGUAAAAUCAAACACUGUAAAAUUCGAGUCGAAUACGGUUAUCUGGAUCAAUACCUAGCACUUAUGUCAGUAUUAAUUUUAUUUGAUUGUGUUAAUCACAUAUAAGACAUGUUAUAACUUUAUAAUUAUUAUUUAAUUGGCGUUCAUUUGACGUUAGCUGAUAAUAUAUGUAUAUUUCGAAGACAUAUGAUGCGUAAAAAAUAAAAUAAAGAUAAGAUUAAAAAAUGUUACCAUUUUAAAGCAGCAUUCUGUGUGCUGUUCGGAUAAGUUGUUUAUAUUCUUAUAUAAAGAAAUGAAUCUCAAAUCAAUUCCCUAUUUAAUGCUUAGAAAAUUCAUAAAAUUUCAGGAACAUUCUACGAUAAUUUAGUGCAAAUCGCUCGAGAACCUUUUCACAUAUAACCUUUUCACAUAUAAACGCCCUUGAACUUGUCUUUGUCAAAAAGUUUUCAACUAAUCUAGGUUUCGAAGCUCUAUAUGUUUCUAGGUCACAUCAUUGUUGUACUCUUUUUGCACAGUGCAUAUGGUUAAUACAAUAUCAACAUAUUGAUUGCAACAUUAUUAUAACGAAUUACUAUAAUCAAAACAUAGUGUUUUGCCUUA